AUGUGCUCGGGUCGCACAAACCAAGAGCUCAUCUCCAAUCUCCGCCGCGAGGGGCUCAUUCACAGCACCCGUGUGGCUGAGGCAAUGGCCAAGGUGGACCGCAAGGCCUACUGCCCCGACCCUCGCUCAGCGUAUCAGGAUUCGCCUCAGACCAUCGGCUACUCAGCCACCAUCUCUGCUCCUCAUAUGCAUGCGCACGCUGCAGAGGAGCUCCUGGAGUAUCUCAAGCCGGACUCAUCUGUGCUUGACGUGGGCAGCGGGAGUGGCUACCUUGCUGCUCUGUUCCACCAUCUCGUCAAGCCAAUGCCGGGGCACGAGGGUGAGGUUAGCGGGGCUCAUAGUGGCAGUCGGGUCAUUGGUAUUGAGCAUAUCGAGCCGCUGGUGAAACAAAGCGUUGAGAAUAUGAAGACGGACGGAUUGAGCGACGCCAUGUCAAAGGGUCAGAUCGAGGUCGUGCUUGGCGAUGGCAGGAAAGGCUGGCCGGCAAGAGCGCCUUACAACGCCAUCCACGUAGGCGCGGCAUCCCCACCAAGCGUCAUCGAUGCGCUCGAGGCACAGCUCGCCAAGCCUGGGCGACUCUUCAUCCCAGUCGAGGAUCCUGCCUCAGGAGCGCAAGACAUCUACCACGUUGACAAAGACGAGAGUGGCAAAGUUACCCGUAAGAAGAUGUACGGCGUACGCUAUGUGCCCCUCACAGAUGCGGACAAGCAGUGGACCAGGACCGAGCUCUAA